AAUCCGGGCUUCUAAUUGCUUGCCUCUGCUGUUUUGCGCGUCAUGGCUCACCAGCAAAUUCGCAAGAAGCUGAUAGCUGUUAUCGGCGACGAGGACACGUGUACGGGCUUUAUGUUGGGAGGAAUCGGAGAGAUCAAUGAUAAACGCCAGCCCAACUUCCUGAUCGUCAGGAAAGACACGGCGAAAAACGAGAUCGAAGAGGCGUUCAACGAGUUCAUGAAGCGUCCGGAUAUUGCUAUUAUUCUCAUCAGUCAAUACAUUGCAGACGAGAUUAGAUACAUCCUUGAUCAAAACAUGGCCAUUAUUCCAUCUGUAUUAGAAAUUCCGUCUAAAGAGCACCCGUAUGAUCCAUCCAAAGACUCGAUUUUGCGAAGAGCCAAGGGAAUGUUUAAUCCAGACGAUUUCCGUUAGGACGAUCCUCAACAUUUCUCCACAUGAUCGGAACUCAUUGAUUGUCUGCAUUUGUGUAUACACUUAACAUUAUUUAUACAAACGCAUACUUUAUAAUCCUAAGUCUGUAAGUGAAUAGAGAAAUAUUGAUGUAAUCCA